CCUUGCUGCCCUGAAAGGUAAAUACUGAAUCAUAAAACAAGGUAAAGUCUAAAUUUUGUUAACAAAGAGCUCCUUGGCCACAGAACCCUUGGAUCAUUCCAUUUGGGAUGAAAUAAGACCUCUGAUGAGUAAAAAAGAUCAAAUAAGGAACGUCUUAGCUUGAGAACUCAUAAGUUCUCAAACUUGAAGGAAAUAGGAAUCAUCAGCUGCUUACAUACAAUCUGGAUGCUACUGUUUGCUUCCUCCUUACCCCACCCUAUCAUUUACUCUCAAAAGCAUUGUAGAAUUGAGUGUGGCUUCUUUUUGGUGCAAAUCACUUCUUUUUUAGGACAUAUAUUUACUAUUGCCUUUAAGAUUUGGAAGACCACAUUCUUGACUGAAGCAUUUGCUUUUUAACCAACUUUUUAAAAAGUAUUUAUGUAAAUAAAUAUAUAAAUACAAAUGUGUAUGGUGUGGGGUAAUGUUGUGAAAGCUUAUAACAUUGUUAUGGGUAGCCCUGCAGAACAUAACUUUAAAAAAAAAUUAGAAUUCUAAGAAUGAUAUCUGGUACAUGUUUCCUGUGAAAUUAUUUGCUUCAUUUGGAGAAAAAUAACGAAGAGACGCAUGGUGGCGCUGCAGACUAAGUAGAAGCAGAAAAGAUCUGUGAAUAUGCCAGUACCCAACCAGAAAGAGAGGCCAGAAUCAGACAUUUUGGAAGCAGAAAGGAAGCUUUGUUAGCGGCAACUGGAGAAAGGAAUCAGUUCUUCCAGACAGACGGACGAAAGUGACAGCCUCUGACUACCAUUUGCGGUCUAGCUGGGCUACACAGAUUGACAGAAGGGGCUAAAAGGAACAAUAGAGGGGGAAAGGAGGAUGAUUCCGCAACAAAGGCAAGUUCUUUUUUUCCUUGUUCUGCUGGGUGUGUCUGGGGCGGCUGCCUCAGAGCUGGAGCAGUUUUCGGUGGUGGAGGAGAUGGAGAGAGGCUCUUUUGUGGCCAAUGUGGCAAAGGCCUUAGGGCUGGGGAUGGGAGAAUUGUCAAAGCGAGGGGCUAGAGUUGUUUUCAAAGGGAACAAAGAAUAUUUGCAGCUGCAUCCUAAAACCGGGGAUCUGCUUCUGAGAGAGAAAUUGGACCGGGAAGAGCUAUGCGGCCCCGCUGUUCUCUGUGUGCUGCCUUUCCAGAUCUUACUGGAAAACCCCUUUCACAUUGUUCGGGCUGAACUGAUAGUGGAGGACAUUAAUGACCAUUCACCACAGUUCCUAGACGCUGAAAUGGUACUGAAAAUUCCCGAGAACACCUCCCCUGGAACUGUAUUUGUAUUAGAAAAUGCGCAGGAUUUAGAUGUAGGUAGCAACAGUCUCCAGAACUACACGAUUGGUACCAACUCUCAUUUCCACAGUCAAAUUCGGGACAGCAAGGGGAAGAGAUACCCAGAGCUUGUACUGGAUAAAGCCCUGGAUCGGGAGGAACAGCCUGAAGUUCGAUUAACUCUCACCGCUGUGGAUGGAGGAACCCCACAGAGGUCCGGGACUGUCCAAAUCCGAAUCCUUGUAGUCGAUAUCAAUGACAAUGCCCCAGUGUUUACUCAGUCCCAGUAUGAAGCUCAGAUUCCUGAGAACAGUUCUAUUGGAUUCCGAGUAGUCACAGUUUCAGCGACAGAUUUAGAUGCAGGAAAUAAUGCCGAUAUAUCCUAUACAUUUUUGCAUGCCUCUGAAAACGUUCGUAAAACUUUUCAACUAACACAAAAAUCUGGUGAACUUUAUUUAAAGGAAAAAGUAGAUUUUGAGUUAAUUCAGUCUUACACCAUCGACAUUCAGGCUACAGAUGGGGGUGGCCUUUCAGCAGAAUGUACUGUUAUUGUUCAGGUGAUAGAUCUAAACGAUAAUCCUCCAGAAGUCACUAUAUCUUCACUGACCAGCCCCAUCCCAGAGAAUUCUCCUGAGACAGUGGUAGCUGUCUUCAGUGUUUCAGAUCUGGAUUCUGGGGAAAAUGGAAAGAUGAUUUGCUCCAUUCAAGAUGACCUUCCUUUUGCCCUGAAACCUUCCAUUGAGAGCUACUAUACAUUGGUAACAGAAGGAGCACUGGACAGAGAGUACAAGGCUGAGUACAACAUCACAAUUACAGUGAUGGACUUGGGCUCCCCGAGGCUCAAAUCUGAGUAUAAUAUCACAGUGCUUAUCUCUGAUGUCAAUGAUAACUCUCCAGUUUUUACUCAGAGAGCCUACACAUUGUACCUGCAAGAAAACAACAGCCCUGUUCUCCACAUUGGCAGUGUCAGUGCCAGUGACAGGGACUCAGGAGUCAAUGCCAAAGUCACCUACUCUCUGCUACCUCCACAGACUGAAGACCUGCCCCUCUUUUCCUACAUCUCCAUCAACUCAGACAAUGGCCAUCUCUAUGCUCUGAGAUCUCUGGAUUAUGAAACCAUCCAAGCUUUCCAGUUCAGUGUGAGGGCAGUUGAUGGUGGUUCUCCAUCACUGAGCAGCCAGGUUCUGGUUCAGAUUGUGGUACAGGAUGAGAAUGAUAAUUCUCCCUUUGUUCUGUACCCUCUGCAGAAUGGCACAGCUCCCUGCAAUGAUCUGGUGCCCAGAACUGCAGAGCCAGGUUACCUGGUGACCAAGGUGGUAGCUGUGGAUAGAGACUGGGGACAGAAUUCCUGGCUUUCCUACCAACUGCUAAAGACCACAGACCCAGGCCUCUUCACUUUGUGGGCCCACAAUGGGGAAGUUCACACAGCAAGAUCCAUCAGUGACAGAGAUGCCAUCAAGCAGAGGCUUGUGGUGCUGGUGAAGGACAAUGGACAACCAUCUCUGUCUACAAUGGCUACACUAAAUGUGCUCCUGGUGGAUGGCUUCUCUGAACCCUACCUGCAGCUUCCAGAUGCAUCUAAGGAGGAGGUGCACACUGAUUCCCUAACCACCUACCUAGUCAUUUCCCUGGUCUCUGUCUCUUUUCUCUUCCUGGUUUCUGUUAUCAUAUUCAUUGCCAUUCGCUUGUGGAAGAGGAAGAAGGAUUCCAUUGACAAUAGUCACUUCGUUUCAAGUGGUCCCUUCCCAGAUCACUUGGUAGAUGUCAGUGGGACAGGGACUUUGUCUCAAAGUUACCAAUAUGAAGUUUGCUUGACCAGUGGCUCAGGGAUUAGUGAAUUUAAAUUCUUGAAGCCUAUUAUUCCCACCCUACCACCUGCUGAGCAACGUGGAAAAGACUUGAAAACCCACACUUAAGAAAUAGCUUGUAUUUCACUUAAUAUUUUGACCAUCCAUCCUAUCCCAUUCUUUAUCUGUGUAGCAAAAAAAAAAAAAUGCAAUUAAGUAGC